AUCUGUGAUGUUUGCUUCCAGUUCAGUAGCUCACUAUUCGUUCAUACACGUCAUAGUGCUCUUGGUUAUGACCGUCAUCGUGGCACUGUCGCUUCGUUCGGCAAUGUCGAUGAAGCUAACCGUUCGUUUUAUUGGAAGAAACAGAUUUGCCGAUGACGGGCAUUCCCUCAAUGGCACAGCAGCAGACGAUUACUUCAAUCGCCGUUACUUUGACAUCAAAAAUGACUUGAUCAGCCACGAUGACGGCGACGAAUUCAAUCGAGGCCAAAUGCCCAGCAUCAAGAUGUACACGAAAGAAGAUGUGGUCCAAUGUUUCGACUUGCUAUCAUCGUCCCGCCAAAGCGGAAACCAACGGCCAAUGCAUUUUGCUUUCGUCGGAGAUUCGACCGUUCGCCAACACUUUGUCAGCUUCCUCAAAUGGAUUCCCGACUACGAUCGCAGGACAACGGCGAGCAACGCGUCAGCGUUUGCUGAAUACUACUUCCACGAGGACCGUAAUUUGACGAGCGCCCUUCAAAAUAGCCUAAGAGUAUCUUUUUAUUGGCGCGAUCUCAUCAGAGAAGAGGUGCUAGCCGAUUUCGAACGAUGGUCAUCGGCGAGCAACCCAACGUCGCCCGACUUUAUCCUAUUAGGAAUAACGGCCCACCACGUAGGCACCAACGACGUCAGCCCCGAUUUGGAGACGUUCGUCAGCCUGUUGGAAGGCGAGCUGCUACCGCUAAUCAAAAAGAGUCUGGCUGCUCAUCCGCAACAGAAAAUCGUGUGGCUGCAUCAGAGCCGAACAGUCGAAGAAAUGACUCCCGAUUUUUACGACAUCUACGCCGACGACAUCGAUAAAUACAACAAGGAGAUUCGUCGCGUUUUUCGUGGCACGGGCGUGAUCAUCUGGGAUUCCAUCAACGCGAUCGUAGAAGAAAAUGUGCGGGCGUGUGACCUGACGGCAUUUGAGCGCCGCGACCGAAAGAUGUACCUGAGUUGUUACGAUUUCAUCCAUCCAGGAUUCAGGGCCGUAUCGUUGGGAGGCCAGCUGAUCUUCAAUCACCUUUGCAAAAUCGACGAUGUUUAUUGAACUCGCUUCAUAGUACCGAUGCAGCUCAGUUGUAUUUCGCAUAGCAACACGUAGCAACAGUAUAUGUGUGUAUGACAAUCGAAUCGAGACAGUUUUCUUUUUGUUUCAUCCCUUACAAAAAAACAAAAACAAAAAAAGAACUUCAGGCAUCAAACAUUGAAAGCAGAUGAAAAUAGAGCCACAAAGAAGUUGAGCCAUCUGUAUUGAUGCAAAAUACAGACGGCACGGUGUUAGGUAGCAUUAUUGUUGUUAAUCGACCGGCGAAUGGUAAAACCUGGAAUUGAACUAAGCCAAGUCGGUAUAAAUAAUCGCCCUUCUUGUUCCCUGAUAGCAGCACAGCGACGAAGGAAGACUUUGUAUAGACAACAUAAAACAUGACACCGCAAUUGGC